UGGCGCCAAAAUAUCCCAAACAAGCAACACAAGCAGUCGACUCGGAUUCAGUAAAUUGCGUGCCGGAAGUUUGCUUUCUCAAGAAUAUCCGUAAUUACUCCUGUCCGAGAAUAUCCAUAAAUCCCAAAAUGAACCGAAUCAACUCACCCAUGGACGAGCUCCGGCGGCGGCUUGCGCGGGAGAUUCCGCGUCACCUCCGGGACGUAAUGGACGUUUCGGUGUACCGGGCCUUUGCGAUCCGCCACCAGCGGCUUCUCAACAUUGCGGAACUGGGCAAGAACAACGAGCGGGCGGAAAGGUAUCGCGCGGCCGGAAAUCGCGCCUAUUCGCGGCGGCAGUAUGAUACGGCACUUGGCCAGUACAACAGGAGCCUUUGCUACGCGCGAGCCGACUCAGAACUGGUGGGCCUGGCGUACGGCAAUCGAUCUGCUGUCUACUACGCCCAAGACGAGUACGAGUUUGCGCUGUACAACAUUGACUUGGCCAAGGCGCACAACUACCCGGAAAGGCUCAUGCCGAAACUGUUGGCCCGGGAGGUCAACUGUAAGCGAGAGAUUGGCUACGGACUGUCCCACGGUACGGUUCCGCACCCGUUGGCAGACAUCAACGUUGAAGUUAACCCGAAGAUUCCCUUCCUGGCCAAGGGAAUCGCCAUGCGGCAGUCGGACGGCAACGAAGACACUUUGGUGGCUGAGCGAGAGUUCAACACGGGGGACGUUAUUCUGAACGAGAAGAUUGAGCUGUGUGCUGUCUUGUUCAAAAAGAGUAAUUCCUAUUGUGCCCACUGCAGUUCGUCGUUUAAGCAGAAUUUGAUUCCGUGUCCCGGCUGUGUCACGGUCAUGUACUGUGGUGAGGAGUGCCGCAAGGAAGACUUUCGAACCGUUCAUCGAUUCGAGUGCAGCAUCGCUACGAAACUGUGGAGUGUGACCUACACGAAUGUGCUGAUGACUGCUAAACUGUUCUUUUACGGGCUUACGGCGUUCAACGACAACAUCGACAAAAUGAUGGAGUAUUGCUUGCCCAAUGCCGCCGUCGGUUCCAACCCUCUCGAUGCGGAUUUGACCAACCCGAACCCACUGGAAAUGUUCAAGGUUCUGCACCAAGCCAAGCCAGAAAGCAAUUCCGUAUCGAACCAGGUCACGAAGCUGUACGCUGCCAUUUACAGCGUAAUUUUCUUGAAGAACCCGCUGGUUCAAUCGAUCAUCCGCACCGAAGCUCAGCGCGACUUUUUCCUUCGCUGUCUGGUGACCCACGGCCUCGUAACCAUGACGAUGGUUGCCACGUCCAAAGAGCUGGGAACUUUGCCUGUGAUUUCCAACGUCUUCAAACACUCGUGCGACCCAAAUGUGAUCACAAUUAUCCACGCCGGAUCGUUCAAAAUGUUCGUGAUUCGCCCGAUCAAAACGGGGGACCAGAUUUUCACCACGUACGGACACACGUGGUGGCGUCCCGGCAAUGAAGUCCAAGCUCAGUGCAGGUGCGUUGUGUGUGAUAGCGGACCGGAAGGAGCAAAAUGGCGCGCAGCCUACCGCGAGGUUCGCCCAAAGUCACCGAAAGUGGAGGAAGGCUUGCUUGGGUUGGAGCGCAUGUCUUUUGACAUGACCGCCGGUCUGGUCAAGUUUCAGCGCAUCGUGCAACUGAUGGCCAGUGAAGGUCAUCACCCGGGAGAGAUGUUCGGCCGCAUGGUGAGGGCAUACUUCGAACGACUGGAUGAUUUUGUUGAGGAGCAGAACGAAAAGCGUUAUCGGGCCAACCUGCUGCGUAUGCGUGGUGACGAGGUUGUUCCCGGUCUGUUUGAAGAUUAGGCGAGCUUGAGGAGAGGUGAUGUUCUUAUUGAUUUGACUACUUUUUGAACUUUAAAAAUCGUUAUUUGAACUGUUUAAACAUUGACAAUAAAAAAGUUGCAAUUAA